AUGCUGUUGAAUGAAAACAUGUUCGAGCGAACCUUUCGAGUGACUGCCGACAGUUUUUCGUGCCUGUUGGGGCUCUUAACACCAAAUAUUGAGGUUAAUAGACAGCAAUCUGCCAACUCGAGCGGGAAAGAACCAAUAUCGCCUCCACUUAUGCUCAUGACUACACUGCGUUAUUUAGCUGGUGGUUCGUAUCUUGAUAUUCGCCGUACUGUAGGAAUUAGUGGAUCUUCUUACUACCGUGUCAUUAACGAGACAAUGUUCGCGAUUCUCGAGGUUGUGAUGAACGACGUUAAGGCUAUCAGCUCCAGUGGAACAAUAAGCGGUUGUGUCGUGGAACACUAUGCAUGUCCUGGUAUCAAUGUGCAGGCCGUGUGCGAUGCGCAUUGUCGCUUCAUAUCUGUGGAUGCCAGCUAUCCAGGAAGUACAAAUGAUGCACGUGCUUUUCGUGGGACUGCAUUUGAUCACGCCAUUUACACGCAACCAAAUUGUUGA